AUGACGGGGAAGGAAGAUGGCGACGUCCGCCUCGAGGCUAUGCCUACAGUAGAUGCUCUUCGUGAGCUGGACGAGAUGCCUUUUGAAGAGUUGGGCAGUGCCUUGAAGGCAGGCGAUUCGUCCGAAGUAGUCAUUGUACGACCGGAGGAGGAGAUAAAUGCUUCAUCGCUUCUACAUAAAGCUGUCUUUGAGAAUACCAAGAGAGUGCUGAAAGCACGAAGUGGAUCGUCGAUCCUACGGAAUCUCUUGGAUCCGUACUAUCCUUUGGUUAAGGAAUUUCAAACGUCGUCUCCAGAGACCCGCCUUCGGUUCUACCUCUGGACCGAGUAUGCUUAA